CACGACGUGGCCGCCGACAAGGUGUUCCAGGUGUGCGGCCUGGCCACCGCCUGCUCUACAGACGUGGCUAAAUUGCACUUGAUCCGGACGAACCUGCUGCUGCUGGAGACGCUGGAGCCAGAGGUCUACCCGGCCGCCUCGCUGGUACACUCCCAGCCGUCGGAUCCGGCUGCCCGCCAGCAUCUGGCCGGCCUGCGCGACCGCUGGCGCCGCGCCCUCGUCGAUGUCAGAGACUGUCUGGACCAGAUAAUGGACCCGCUGGCCUUCUGCAAGGCGGCGGAGGCGUCGCUGACGCUGCUGGCCGCCCAGAUGAAGGAGCUGCUGUACGACCAGGAGACCGGCGCCAUGCUGGCGCUGGCGAAUCGCCUGCUGAGCACGGCGCACCGGCUCGGCCAGUUCGUGCUGGAGCAGGUCACCGGCUCGACGCAGGUCACGGAGACCGUGCUGCUCGUCAACAGAGCCUGCGGCCAGCUGCCGGGCUGCAUGCGGGCCGUGCAGGCGCGUCCCACCGACCUGGGCGCCCACCGGCUGCUGCAGAAGGUGGCCCAGGUGGUGGUGACGUACGCGCGCCGGCUGUGUGUCGACCUGGAGAAGCGCGAGGAGGACACGUCCGGCGUGCUCGACUGUCUGGACAACCUCAGCAGGAAGGACGGCGGCGGCGCGGCCUCCGUCACGCUGCUGAGCGACGUGGCCCAGCUGCCGGUGGACGAGACGCGCCACCGGGGCGCCAGCCGCGUCCAAAGCCGCCUGGCGGCCAGCAGCCGCACCUUCGACUCGGACCGCACGCGCGCCAGCGCCGCCGCCAGCGCCGCCGCCGGCGCCGCCUCCACCGAACUGUCGCUGGACAUCACCAAGUACCUCAGCUACACUUCGCAGGGUCACAAGAACGCCUCUCUGCGCCUGCGCGCCGUGCGAGUGGACCUAACGCCGCUGUUGAAGCGGCCAGAGUCGCGCCGACUCGGCAGCGGCUCGCCGGAGCCGGGCGAGUGGCGGCAGGAGCCGGACGGCGAGCCGGGGGCGGGCCACCAGCACGGCGACCUGAAGCCGCGGAGUCCCCCGACCGCGAGUUCCCCGGCCGAGGACAUGCUGCCGCUGGACCCGGACGAGGUGGCCGCCGAGCUGAGCUCGCUGUCGCUGCUGAUCGAGGCGCAGCCGGCCGCCUCGCCGGCCGCCGCCGACCUCUCCGACAUCCUGGACAGCCUGAGCUCGCUGGCGGCCGAGCUGUCGCAGGACGUGCGGGACAGCGAGAUUGUCGAGGUGUACUGGGCCUGA